AUGUCAGAAGUUGAAAAAUUAUCCAAGAAGCAAAAGAAAGCACUUGGAUUCCGUAAAUCAAAAGAAGAAAGAGAAGUUGAAAAACAAGAAAAACAACAAAAACGAAAACUAGAAGAUGAAACACCCGAGGCCACAGCCACCCAACCAUCUACAACUGAAGAAGGCGGGGAAUCACCCGCUCCUAAGAAGAGAAAAACCAGAAGAGGUAAGAAAGGAAAAGGUGUAAAUGAAGGUCGUGGACCAAGAUUUAUAGUAUUUGUCGGAAAUUUACCAUAUGAUAUCACCCAAGUUGAAUUAGUAUCCCAUUUUAAGAAUAGUAAUCCUGAUAGAAUUCGAAUUAGACAAGAUAAAGGGAUUGCAUUUUUGGAAUUUGAUAAUGAUACUCAAGAGAUUCAAAGUAAGAUGGAAUUAGCUUUGCGUAUGCAUCAUUCAUUAUUAAGGAAUCGGAAAAUAAAUGUUGAAUUAACUGUUGGUGGUGGUGGGAAUAGUGAGAAUAGAAUACAAAAGAUUAAAGAAAAGAAUGAAAAGAUGUUGGAAGGGAGAAAGAAGAUGGAUGAAGUGAAAAAGACGAAGAAGGCGGAAGGUAAGAAGGUGGAUAAUAAGAAAUCUGAAGGUGGAGAUGAUGAUUCUUCUGCUCCUGUUGGUCGUCCUUCUGGGAUACAUCCAUCUAGAAUGAAGUUACUUAGUUAG